AACUUAUGUUGAGUAUAUUUUGUAGCAUUUAGUGCAAUGACACCUACUUAUGUCACGUGACACAGAUGGAAAAGGGGAAGUGGUAUAUGAAGUAAAACACUUGUCAGCAAAAAUUUUGUUAUUAAGUUUUGUGAGAUGUUGGUUUCAUUUUUUGUAAGGAAUAUGUAAUGUGGUGAGAAUUGAAUAAAAUGAUACAGGUAUGGGCAUGUCAGGUGAAAUAUUUUCGUCUUUAUUUUUGCAUUGGAAAUGCAAAAUAUAUAAACUGUAUACAAAAUCUAUCGAGCAUUUCUCAUAAACUGCAAAUAUUUCAUUUUGUCCUUAUAUUACUCUCUCCUUUAAGCAACCAAAACAUUCUCCUACAAUGUAGCCCCCACUGUUUCACAGCCUUUAUGGAGAAUACAAACCGGAAAUGAGGAAAGUGAGGAGCAGAGCAUGUGAUUCUUUCAUGAUGAUAUACCAAACGAAAAAGAGAAAAUGAAACACUGUUCAAUAUGCUGUCUAAAUUAGCGUUACAGAAAUCUGUAACAGUGACAGGGGCUAAGUAUAGUUGCCACAUAUCCUACCUAACGUCUGACAGGGUUUGGAUCAGUGAUGGAUAUAACAAUCUUAUAUUGACAAACACAGAGGGUGAGAAACUCCAUCAACUCACAGAUGUAAUUAGUGGUGAUGGCGUACAUACUGUGAAUAAAGAUGGGGAAUUAAUUUAUAUAGAUAAAAAUUAUAACAUUAUUAAACUGUCUUUAGACAAAACGAAGAGUUCAAUAAUCAAUUAUACAGAAGCAUGGAGACCACGAUGUGUUUACAGCUCCCCCUCAACUGGAGACCUGUUGGUCGUGAUGUUCAAUACAGAAACGGAUGAAAACAAGGUAGCCCGGUAUAAUUCCGCUGGAGAAAAUACCCAAACCAUUCAACAUGACAGCAAAGGUCAAGAACUGUAUAAAUUUCCUAAAUACAUUACCGAGAAUCGCAAUGGAGAUGUUAUUGUGUCGGACCUCGUUCAUGAUGUAGUGGUGACAGAUAGAGGGGGAAAUCACCGAUUCUCCUACACUGGACCCCCUUCAGGUAAUAGACUGGAUCCCCGGGGAAUCUGUACAGAUGCCAUGUUGAACAUCUUGGUGUGUAGUCAUAAUACACACACAGUGCAGAUAAUUGACAAGGAUGGUAACUUCCUGUCACUUGUAGAGACAUCAAACCACGGCAUGGAAAGGCCUUUUGGCCUGAGUUAUAAUGACAAAACACAUCUUCUCUGGGUUGGUUCUCGGUACAAGAACAAAGUGAACAUAUACAGAUGUCUCUAUGGGGACUCACAGAUCGGUCUUCCUCUUGAGAAUCUGAAGUGCACGAGACAUCCUAGCGAUACAUUAGGCAAGUACUGCACACAAUGCGAGGUUGACUUGUGUGGGAAAUGCAUUGCAACGUCUGAUGAGCAUAAGAAGCACGACGUUAAGGAGGUGGAGAAAUUAUUUCGUGAUAUUCAAAAGAAAGAUGGGACUGGAGUUUUGAUAUGCCUUCUUCUUUGUGAGUCAUACAAAAUAAACCUGAAAGAAGACAAUUGGAUAAAGAAGUCUGAAGCUGUUGCAAACGAUUUCAAGUUCAAGAAGUUAAAAAAGCAAUUCAGUAUAAGCACUCUAAAAAAGUACAAGCCAAUACUUAGAGUACUCAAGCAAGAUAGUUCUGAGGUCGAAUUUUCGAGUGAAUUUUUCAAAAACAAUACUUUUUUACGAUUCGCAAAAGAUCCAAAUUUUCUUGAUGUGUUUCUGACUUGGGCUGAAAAAGAAAACAUAGCUGAAUAUUGUAGAUCAUGGGCGUAUCCAAAGAAAAAAGGAGAAGUGUUUUGCUGGUUAUUGCCUAGACAAACUGAACAGUUGAUAACGAAACUUGAAAAGGAUAUUUUCGAACAUCCUACGUGGAAGGACGCGUCAAUACAUCAGGCUGCAUUUAAAAAUCUGGGCAUACCCGUUCAAAUUAUAAUGAGGGGAGAUGAGUCAGUGAAGAAUUUCAUGGGGAAUCUGAAAAAAGGGGAGACAGUGAUGUAUAAUGCCUCUGGGAUGAUAAUAGGGUGCGCUGGAAGUGGAAAAUCUACUUUGCUUGGGAGGUUAAAAGGCAUCGAUGUGGAAGAAAUUAAAAUCACCACAAGAUCAACCCGAGGAAUUGAUGUCCAUACUGACGUUUUUGAUGUGUCUGGGGACACCAUAGAAAAUUCAUCAAAUCAAAAACAACGCUUUAAGGUUAGAAUGGAAGAACAAAAUCAAACUGACGAUGUUACAGAACAUCCUUCAGAAUUUUCUGAUGAGAAAGUAUCGAAUAUUGAUGAACCUGAGAUAAACGGUGGAAAAAAUCAAGCUGCAAGCGAAGAGGUUGAUGUUGAAGAGUCGACAACGCCAAACACUAUAAACACAGAAACAGAGCCAUAUGAACCAGAAGAAGUUGCUAAACCCAAUGAAAAGGAAGAAGAAGAAUUAGGUGAAAACGAUACCAAUGUCUCUGAGAAUGCAGAAAAUUUGGGAAUUUUACGAGUUUCAAAAAACGUUUCAGAGGAACCAGAAAAACGGAUCACAAUGGUGGACUUCGCUGGACAAUGUGCGUAUUACGCUUCACACCAAAUAUUUCUGAGUCCUAGGGCCUUCUUCAUUUUGGUGCUCAAUAUGCAGAAAACACUGGACGAUAAAGUUGGAGAAGAAGUUUGUAGUCAAAAAGACUCGAUUUUCAACGGCUGGACUUACAGAGAUUAUCUUAUAUUUUGGGCGAAGUCUAUUCACCAAUACAGCAGUGAAAAGGCCCCAGCUUUAUUGGUCGGCACACAUGCUGAAGGGAAAACGCAACGGGAGAAGGUACAGUUUUUCCGCGAUAUAUGGGAGACCUUGGAAACAACUGACAAGUCUUUACAAAGCCAUUUCAAUACAAAAAAGAUGUUUGCAAUAGGAUUCGAUAACAGGGAAUGCAUUGAAAACAUCAAACGAUCGAUCGUUGAUAUUGUUGAAGACCUUGAUCACUGGGGAGAAAAGCUUCCUCACUCAUGGGCUAUGUUCGAAAACUUCUUUCAGGAAAAGAAAAAGCUAAGAAUUAUCGGUAGAAGGAUACUUUUGGAUUUUAAUGAAGCAUUACCGAAGGAGGUAAAAUUGCAAACGCUCGGAGAUAUAAAUACCAUGCUUCAGUUUUUCCAUGACAUCAGAGAAAUUCUCUUUUUCGACAAGGAUAUACUAAGAGAUGUAAUUAUUCUCGAUGUUCAGUGGUUUGCAGAUGCUUUCAAAAAUGUAAUUACUGACGAAAACCACGCAGAGGAGGAUCUGAUCGAGUGUGCAGUAGAGUUUGCCAAAUUCAAUGAAACUGGAGAACUAAAUGACACUUUGUUGUCCAAAAUAUGGAAAAUGAGCAAUAGGGAGUACAUUGAAUACCAAAAUGAUAUUAUGCUGUAUAUGGAGAAGCUAGCACUCUUGGCUAAAAUAGAUGAACAUAAUUGGUAUGUUCCUUGUAUGAAUAAAAAACAAUUUCCUGGAAAUAUUUUCUCUCAAUUCCCUGCCUCAUCCAUCCUCUGUUAUAUGUUCGAUGUCCUUCCUGCUGGCAUCUUCCAACGCCUUGUAGUGAGUUGCAUACAAUUUCCUUGGAGCAUUGUCAAAGAGCGAAAAGGAAGAAAGGAAUAUCCAUGCAUUUACCAGACAGCAGUCGUGUUUCUCUUUAAGGAACAUAACAUUCUGCUUGGAAUGACGUCAACAGAAAUUCAGUUACAGGUGUGUGUUAUUGAGGGAGAAGUUGAAAUACCGACAUGUUUCGAGAUAAGAGAAAAAAUUGAGAAUGAAUUGAACAUUCUUUCCAGUACUUUCCAAAAGAACUCAAAAUACCAUAUUGGUUUCAAAUGCAAACCUGAAGGCUUCUGCGAUAAUGAAAAAAGUACCAUAAUAAACGAAUCAGAUCUCAAAAAUCCGACUCUCCAGUGUAUAUCAUGUCCUGUGGAGAGAAAACAUAUCAUCAACACAAAAGAUAUUACUAAAUACUGGAAACAGGUAGAGGAUGAUUCUGAAGAAGGAAACCUUCACGUGCUAUCGAUUGAAAUGAUUUUAAAUGCAGUGUCAAGAAAAUUAAAAGUUACCUCCUUCAUGCUUGCGUCACAUUGUGAUGUGCAAAUGGAAGAAAGCUCCAAAAUCUUUGAAGAAGAAAACAGAUUCAGAAUUCUCUAUAAAUGGAAAUGCAAAACGCCAGUCAAGGAUCGUUUUGAAGAGUUAAAGAGAAUUUUGCGAAAUCAAAACGAUUUAAAAGAAGCAGCAGAUAGCGUCGAAACUUUUCAAGUAACGGACUUUGAAUGUUCCGAUAUAGUAUUGCCUUCUGAGGUUGUGUCAACCAACGAAUUCCAUAUCUUAGCAGAAAAAAUUCCGAAAGAUUACACUCAUUUUGUGCGAUUUUUAGGUCUGCCCCACAUACAUAUCGAAGAACUGGAGGUUGAUGGGUCUCCUGUGAAAGACAGGAUAUAUAAAUCUCUAUUGAAAUUGAAGGAACAUCAUUCAAAAUUAAGUCGUCUGGAUAUAUGUAGAGCUUUGAAGUUCAUAGAGAGAAAUGAUGUUAUAGAUGACCUAAAUAAGAUAUGGACACUUGGGAAAAAAAAUUGAUCACGAAAUACGACGCAGUGAAUUACAAGAAUAUAUGCAUAAUAAUGAAAAUAAACAUUUGUUGUUCAAGGUCGCUUUAUUUUCUUUAAUUCGUAAAAAGAUACCUUUUUCCGUCGAAGGCUAAAAUUUCCUUACACGGCACUUCGUGCCUUUAAGCACUUUUAGGAUCUUUUUUGGAGCAAGCACAUACAUCUAUUUGAGUAUACGAUCUCAUCCGAGAUGAGAUCAACCAGACUUUGUGUCCACAGUGAAUUCUACGAAAAUCCAGAAGGCUCAUUCAAGAUUCGAGUUCAUAUCUAAGCCAUUCAAAAUACGAGAUUCACAAUUUUCGACUACUUAAUAUGCAAUGUUAUAAAAAAAAAAACCUGAUGGAAUAUGUGAUAUAUAUUUCAAAAAAUGUAUUGUUGCUUUUCACGGACACACGAAGCGUGAAUAAUAUAUUUCUCUGUAUUAUAUUCCCCUCAGUUGCCACAUAUAAUGCAUUAAAGACUAUUCUGUGUUUGUUCGUACCACGUUUCGUUUAAUUAUCGUAUAUAUUGCAUAUUUGAUGAAAAUGUACUGUCUAUUCAAUGAAAAUGUUAUAUUAUACAUUUUUCUCAAUAUUUUUUUACCACAACCUGUUAUAUGUACAUGAUAAUUUUUUCUAUUGCGUUUUUUCCAUGCCGUAUACUUUGUUUAUAAGUUCAAGAAUUUUACAAGAAAAUAAACAUGGCUAUAUCAACCCGUGCUUUAAAAAUCACGCAAUAGAUAAAAAAUUAAAUGAUACAAUGUUCUUC